AUGAGUUCAAGAGGCGGAAGUGUUUGUUAUAAAUGUAAUCAACCAGGUCAUUUUGCUCGUGAAUGUCCAGAUGGUGAUGGUGGUAGUGGCGGCGGUGGCCGAGGAGGAUAUGGCGGUGGUGGUGGUGGUGGUGGACGAGGUUCGUACGGUGGUGGUUCGUACGGAGGACGUGGAUCAUAUGGAUUCGGUGGCGGUGGUGGUGGUGGUGGUUCAUUCGAUAGAUCUGGCGGCCGUUGUUACCGUUGCAAUCAAACCGGCCAUAUGGCUCGUGAUUGUCCAUCUGAUAGUAGUCAAAGUGUUUGCUAUAAUUGCAAUCAACCUGGUCAUGUAAGUCGUGAUUGUCCAGAACCACGUCAAAAUAACUUUGGCGGUGGUGGUGGUGGUGGCGGUGGUUUCCGUGGUGGUCGUGGUAUGUAA